UCAUUCUCAUUCUCAUGCAUCUCAGUGAGGAUCAGGUGAACUUUAGGGGCUUCAUGAGGACUUUGGCUCAUUUCCGUCCUGUGGAGGAUAAUGAGAAAAACAAAGACAUGAUAUCUGGCGAGCCGCUCAACAGCAGGACCAACAAACUCCACUUCGCUUUCCAGUUGUAUGACCUUGACAGAGACGACAAGAUCUCCAGAGACGAGCUGCUGCAGGUGCUGAGAAUGAUGGUAGGCGUGAAUAUUUCUGACGAGCAACUCGGAAGCAUUGCAGACAGAACCAUCCAGGAAGCUGACACUAACGGAGACAUGUGUAUCUCCUUCAGCGAGUUCACCAAGGUAUUGGAAAAAGUGGACGUGGAACAGAAGAUGAGCAUCCGCUUCCUUCACUGAAGACCAAACGCGUUGUGAACUCUGAUUGGAGCCCAUGAGUGUCGAUGGAGAUAAGACACGCCCCUGACUCUUCUCACUGUGGGCGGAUACAUCCUUUAUAAACAUGAUUGUGUUGUCAUGGUUACAUUUGUUCCAAUCAUCUGUCACUCUUGAGUUGCUGUUGCACCAGAAGAGUGGGUACUCGCAUAUGUUAAAAUUAUAUUUAUUCCAGCUGUGAAAUCAGUUAAUUAAAACUUUCCCAAUAGGGAGGUUGGAAUUGA